GCAGGCAUUCCCUUCGGCGCGCGCGUCCCGCGCCGGCCGGUUGGGAGCCCCUCGCGCUGCAAGGGGAGGGCGGGCCCGAGGCCACGCAGCUGUAUGGUGCUGCCGGGCGCGAGCACUGCUUUGCAUUGCAUUACAUUACAUUGUACUGCGUUGGCUUGCAGACCUUUCUCUGCCCCUGCUCCUGGUUGCUCCAGGCUGGAGAGCGUUUCGCUCUGUGGCCGGGGCCAACACUCCGCUUCCUCCGCCUCGGUCUCUCUGCCGGGGGUCCAGUUCAGUCAGCCGCCUUGGCCCUGCGCGAGGAACGCGCCUGUAUGCAGGAAAGGGACUCCCUGAGGUCAAUAUCUAUAAGGUCAGGUGCUCUAAAAUAGCAAUGGAAUGAUGAGGUGGAUAUUAAAGGUUCUUUUUUCCAAGUUCUGCACUUUGUACCCAGCUUCCACACCCAUUCAGGCAUCUUGGAAGAAUCUCCCCUUGCUUGUAUGCUUGCCUAUCCAUGCAGACUGUUCUCUCCCUAAGGAAUGAAUUGAAGCCAAGAUCACUUCUGGUAUUGGAGCUAGUAUGAGGAGAAAAGUGCCCAGGAAGAACAGACUGUGGGAGCUGUUGCCAGUCAGAAUGAAGGAGAAAGAACUGGCUGAAUAUUUAGAAGUGCAGUUGAGUUGCAAAAAGGAGUCAUUGGUUGGUGCAGGAUAGCGGAAGACUUCAACAAGAUCUCCCUUUGAAGAAGAAAUAGAAGACAUUCGCCUACCUUUGUUUGAUGAGCAUGCAAAAUCAUUGCAGUAUGGCACAGUAUAGCGUUGCCGUGGGAUUAUUCAUAAUGACUGUUUUGUUCUUGUUGGAUGACAGUUCAGCUUUCCUAUUAAAUCAGCGUCUGAAGGGAAGAUUUCAAAGGGACCGCAGGAAUAUCCGUCCAAACAUCAUUCUUGUUCUUACUGAUGAUCAAGAUGUAGAACUUGGUUCAAUGCAAGUAAUGAAUAAGACAAGGCAGAUCAUGGAACAAGGAGGUGCUCAUUUCAUCAAUGCCUUUGUGACAACACCUAUGUGCUGCCCAUCCCGCUCCUCUAUUCUCACAGGGAAAUACGUCCACAACCACAACACCUACACCAACAAUGAGAACUGCUCCUCUCCGUCCUGGCAGGCCCAGCAUGAAAUCCGCACAUUUGCGGUGUACCUCAAUAACACAGGUUAUAGAACAGCUUUCUUUGGGAAGUACCUAAAUGAAUAUAAUGGUUCGUAUGUGCCUCCUGGCUGGAAAGAAUGGGUUGGAUUACUUAAGAACUCUCGUUUUUACAACUACACGCUCUGUAGAAAUGGAGUGAAGGAAAAGCAUGGAUUUGACUACUCUAGGGAUUAUUUGACUGACUUGAUCACCAAUGACAGUAUUAGCUUCUUCCGAAUCUCAAAGAAGAUGUAUCCUCACAGACCGGUUUUGAUGGUUCUCAGCCAUGCAGCUCCUCAUGGUCCUGAGGAUUCAGCCCCUCAGUAUUCUCAUCUCUUUCCCAAUGCUUCUCAACACAUCACACCCAGUUAUAACUAUGCUCCAAACCCGGACAAGCACUGGAUAAUGAGGUAUACUGGCCCCAUGAAACCUAUUCACAUGGAGUUCACCAACAUGCUGCAGCAGAAGCGUCUUCAGACGCUCAUGUCCGUGGAUGACUCAAUGGAAGCGAUUUACAAUACCUUGGUUGAAACAGGUGAACUGGAUAAUACAUACGUAAUAUAUACAGCAGAUCACGGCUAUCAUAUUGGGCAGUUUGGACUGGUGAAAGGAAAAUCCAUGCCAUAUGAAUUUGAUAUCAGAGUCCCUUUCUACAUACGUGGCCCAAAUGUGGAGGCUGGAUCUUUGAAUCCUCACAUUGUAUUGAACAUCGAUCUUGCUCCUACAAUUCUAGAUAUUGCAGGCCUGGAUAUUCCAGCUGAUAUGGAUGGGAAGUCCAUUCUAAAAUUGUUAGAUUCCGAAAGACCAGUCAAUAGGUUCCAUGUGAAAAAGAAGAUGAAGGUCUGGAGGGAUUCAUUCUUGGUGGAAAGAGGUAAACUGCUGCACAAGAGAGAGAAUGAGAAAAUGGAUGCCCAGGAAGAAAAUUUCCUACCCAAAUACCAACGUGUAAAAGAUCUCUGCCAAAGAGCAGAGUAUCAGACAGCCUGCGAACAGCUUGGGCAGAAAUGGCAGUGUGUGGAAGAUGCCAGUGGGAAGCUCAAGCUGCACAAGUGCAAAAGGAUGGCCAGCCUCACCGCUCCAGGCAGCAGCAAAGGGAUCUCCAACCUCAUGCCCAAAUACUACAGCAGAAAUAGUGAGGAUUGCAACUGUGAGGAGAACGAAUACAAGUUAAGCCUCAUGGGGCGGCGGAAGAAGCUCUUCUCCAAGAAGAAGUACAAGGCAAGCUAUGUCCGAAGUCGCUCAAUUCGCUCAGUGUCCGUGGAGCUGGAUGGAGAGGUUUAUAAUUUGGAUUUGGAAGAUGGCUACCAACCUGUUUUGCCCAGGAAUAUUACAAAAAAGCAUAAAGAGGAUCAAGGUGCUGUAGGAGGCGACGACGACGAUGAUGAUACAAACAUGGGAGAAUACAGUGGAACCGGCAGCAUUUUAGAGAAUACGGCCCCUAACUUAAUUAAAGUGACACAUAGAUGCUACAUCCUAGAGAAUGACACUGUUCAGUGUGACACAGACCUGUACAAGUCUCUACAAGCUUGGAAGGACCAUAAGCUUCAUAUAGACCACGAGAUUGAAACUCUACAAAAUAAAAUAAAAAACCUGAGGGAGGUGAGAGGUCAUCUUAAGAAGAAGCGGCCCGAAGAGUGUGAUUGUAACAAGAUAAGUUUCCAUACAAAACACAAAGGCAAACUGAGGCAUAAAGGGUCUGGUCUCCAUCCUUUCAAGAAAGCUUUGCAAGAGAAGGACAAGUUGUGGCUGCUCCGAGAACAGAGGAGAAAGAAGAAGCUGCGCAAGCUGCUCAAGAGGAUCAAGAACAAUGACACGUGCAGCAUGCCAGGCCUGACUUGCUUCACCCAUGACAACCAGCACUGGCAGACUGCCCCCUUGUGGACAUUGGGUCCUUUCUGUGCCUGUACCAGUGCAAACAACAACACGUAUUGGUGUAUGAGGACAAUCAAUGAGACGCACAACUUCCUCUUCUGUGAAUUUGCUACCGGCUUCCUUGAAUACUUUGACCUCAACACUGACCCUUACCAGCUAAUUAAUGCAGUGAACACACUAGACAGAGAUGUUCUCAAUCAACUGCACGUGCAGCUCAUGGAACUAAGAAGCUGCAAAGGGUAUAAGCAGUGCAAUCCAAGGACUCGGAACAUGGAACUGGGCCUUAAAGAUGGAAGCUAUGAGCAAUUCAGGCAGUUUCAGCGUCGAAAGUGGCCAGAAAUGAAGAGACCUUCAUCUUCCAAGUCACUAGGCCAACUUUGGGAAGGCUGGGAGGGCUAAUCUCCCAUAACUGCUGGACCUCAAUGAGGAUAUAAACUGGCCAGAACUUGAAUCCUUGUACAGACUUAAUGGAAGUAUGUAAGAUUUCAGACAAUUAUGUUAGCCUGGAGGACUGGAUGAACUUUGAUGCUAAGGUAGAUAGCGUUUGCACUGUUAUGCAAUCUGAAUAGACACAGUGACCUUCUGGGGACUACUAUCAAGAAUACCCCUUCUUGAAGCCCACUGGUUUACCUGCUUUUGCUUUGGAUUAUACCUCACUUGCUUCACAGGCUGUUCUACUUCCACCAGCUACUGGAUAGUGUUCCAAAAGAUGGAAGUUUCAGAAAGGAUGGUGACCCACUGAGACUUAAAACCCUAAAGGGGCAAAGCACACAGAAAACCAUUUCAAUGGAAGCCAGAUUUCUAGUUCCUCUUCAAUUUCAUCUCCAGCUUCAAAAUGACAGACACACGAGUGGGAAUCAAGAUGCCAAUGUGGAUAUUUUAUCUUUGUGGCUUAGGCAAAUCAAGCUUAGAGACAGUGGUAGAGAAAAAGAACUAUUGAGGGACCCUGGCUUUCAAGACAAUAUUAUUGAGCAGUUGCACAGACUCAACACGGUAACAAUCUUCAGGUGUGUCUACCACAGAAACCAAUUUAGUUCACCAUUUUCACAUCCGUCUUGAGACUAUUCCAUAAGAGAAAUGGAAAAUAAAGUAUUCACUCAGAAGCCAGCUUUCCAGCGUGGUACUGUAAAUAUUUAGUGUCCUGUUUCAAAAGAAACAAAGUUCAGAAGAAUUUUGUGUGUUGGCAUGCCCCAAUACCAUUUCUGAAAGUGUCACCUAAUUGCAUAAUAAAACUUCAGAAUUUAUCAAUUUUUAAAAGCACUGCAGAAUUUAAGAACACAGUUUAUGUAUGUCUUGAAUUUUAACAAAGUUGGAUUUGUAUUAAGUCUUUGUGGUUAUAUUGUAUGUUCAAAAACCAAAAUUACUACUAUAAAAGAAAGCACUUGUUUACUUUUA